AUGAAGACUUCUCUGUUGUCGCUGGCGACCAUGAUCGGGGCUGCUUCGGCUUGGCUGGACCCCAUUGAGAUCAAGGGCUCCAAGUUCUUCUACUCCAGCAACGACACACAAUUCUUUAUGCGUGGUGUUGCCUACCAAUACUCUCAAACUGAGGAUCCCCUCGCUGAUGCCACCACUUGCAAGCGUGAUGUUCCUAUUAUGCAGGAGUUGCGCACUAAUGUGAUCCGUACAUACUACAUCAACGCCACUGCUGACCACAGCGAGUGUAUGUCUCUGCUGGCCGAUGCCGGCAUCUACGUCGUCUCCGAUCUUUCCAGCACUACUGAGGCUAUUAACCGUGACGACCCUGCCUGGGAUGUCGCCCUGUACGACCGCUAUACUAGCGUCAUUGACGAGCUCUCCCAGUACAACAACACUAUUGGUUUCUUUGCAGGCAAUGAGAUCGCCAACUCCCCCUCCACCACUGAUGGUACCGCUUUCGCCAAGGCCGCUGUUCGUGACAUGAAGGCCUACAUCAAGGACCAGGGUUACCGUUCCAUGGGUGUUGGAUACGCCACUGCCGAUGUUUCUGAUAUCCGUGUUGCCCUCGGUGACUACAUGGACUGCGGUGACAGUGACGACACUGUUGAUUUCUACGGUUACAACAUCUACUCUUGGUGCGGUAACUCCACCUACGAGCAGUCUGGUUACGAGGCCCGUACCGCGGAGUUCGCCAACUACACUGUUCCCGUCUUCUUCGCUGAGUACGGUUGCAACUCGAUCUCUCCCCGUACUUUCACUGAGGUCAAGGCCCUCUACGGUGAUGCUAUGGCCAAGGUCUGGUCCGGUGGUAUUGUCUACAUGUACUUCGAGACCACCAACGACUAUGGUCUUGUCUCCGUCAUUGACAGCACCAGUGUUAGCAAGCUGACCGACUUCACCUACUACUCCAACGAGAUUGCUACUGCCUCCCCUUCCAGUACCAACAAGGCUUCCUACACUCCCACCAACACCGUUCUGCAGACUUGCCCUACCGAGGACUCCGACUGGGAGGCUGCCUCUUCUCCCCUUCCUCCUGCCGCUGAUGAGGAGCUCUGCACCUGUAUCUACGAUGCCUCUGCCUGUGUCCCCAAGAGCACUCUCUCUGACACCAAGCUCGGCAAGCUUCUUGGAGUUGUCUGUAGUUACACCGACUGCUCUGGUCUGGAUGCCAACGGUACCACUGGUGUGUACGGUGCCUACAGCAUGUGUGGUGUUACCGACCAGCUCGCUUUCGCCCUGAACAAGUACUACAGUGAGCAGGGUGAGUCCGCCACCGCCUGUAGCUUCGGUGGAUCCGCUUCCACCAAGGCCACUACCUCUGCCACCGGUACCUGCUCCGUCCAGAUCAAGGAGGCUGGUACCGCUGGUACCGGCACUGUCACCACCGAGGCCACAGCCACCGCUGACUCCAGCUCUGGCUCCAGCUCCACCGGUACUGGUUCUUCCAGCAGCGGUGCUGUCACUGUUCACUCUAGCGUUGCUUUCGGAUCUUUCCAGAUCGCUGCCUACGCUAGCAUUGCUCUCAUGACCGGUGUUGGCAUGAUUCUUUUGUAA